AUGAAAAAAAUUUUGCUUGCGCUUUUAGGACUUGGAACUGGACAGACGUUGAGCAGUUUCAGUGCAACGAUAAAUCUUGAAAACCCAUGUGGAUCUACCGAAAAUGCACAAGAUUGCGAGCUCAACCUCGAAGCAAUCACUGCCAUAGCUUGCGAGGGUCUGUUCAAUUGCUCUGGAUCUUUUUCGUGGCCUGAUGACGAAAAGCCUGAAGGUGUGACAGAUGAACCGAUAACGAAUCCGCUCAUAGUUGAAGACAAAGUCAAAGACAACUGCAAGGAUUCCCACGAAAUAAUCGCAAUUCCUGGCCAGUUUGAGGACGAUCCGACGAAUCAACUGCCUAACAUUUGGCCAGUACCGCCUCAUAUCCCAAUUCUUGAACCAUUUAUGAAUCUUAUGAUGGGCAUCGAAGAUGCAAAUAACGGGAUAUUUCCAUGUGAUAUCAUAUUGAAUUUUGCGGAGAAAUGUCCCGCAGACAAGCCUACAAACCAAGCUCUUUGUGAUCGGAUAAAAGAUGUUAUUCGUGAAGUUUUUGAUACGUUGGAGAAGGAAUUUCCAACUUGUCUUGAAUCAUUUGAGUGUCUGCCUGAUUUCUUUGCUGAUAUUUGUCCGGAGCAUAUUGAAUGUGAGGGAGACAUGCCCAUUGACAGUAGCAGUAAUGUGUGUCUCCCAACUGUCGGUUGGCCAAGAGCACUUCUUAUCAAUACAAAUUUACUUCAACAUCAACUCAUCGAAAAAGAAGGGGAAUUCAAAAUAAACACAACUGGUAUCCUCACACGUGGCUCCAUGUAUUCAUUUUACGGAAAUAAGCAUUAUUUUUUUGGUGGCGAAGACUUGAUUUUCGGUGAAAACAGAAAGUUCGAAGAAAAUGUUGUUUAUCUUGCUGACGGAGAAUUCAAACGCAGUGAGACCCGUUUACCAGAGUAUGACACAAACAAAAUCUACAGAGGAUUUGCGCGAGGUGCUGCAGCAAUUUUCCAAGGAAAAGUUUGGAUUUGUGGAGUUGGUUUUGCACCAGACACAUGUUAUUUCUUCUCUGGGAAGAAAUUCGACAAAUCAAAUGCAAAAUUGAACAUUGGACACACUGAGUACCCAUCGCUGCUAUCAACAAACAAAUUCGGUCUUCUUAUCUCCGGGGGCCGGACGGAAGUGACCUACCCUGAACAAGAUUGGGUCUCUCACGGACGACGACUGGCUAAUGCUGAGGCUUUUGAAGCUUACGACGGUUCUGAAUGGAAGAAAAUAGAUGUAAUUGAUCAAACAGACUUAAAAAUGUUUUUAUCGCAUCAUUUAAGCAUUGAAAUAAAUAAUAAAAUAUAUAUCCUUGGAGGAAAUCAGGGAAAUAAGGCUCAUCCUUCUCUAAAACUUACUCUUCCUGAAGGGUGCAACAACGUUUUCAAGAAAAAUUGCAAUCCAAUUUUAACAAGUUCUGUGGAGCUUAACCAGUUUCGUCAGGGACGAGGUUUCUGGAAGAACAACAUUUUGACGAUGGUUGGAAACUCCUUGAGUUCUUUUGGUACUUUUCAUGAGCAACUGACAUUGGACGAUAAUGAAGAGAUGACCGUUAUAAAAGUAUCGAAUUCGCCGGGACAAGAGCAAAGUGUGAGCAUGUUUUAUGAUGCUGCAAUUUUUGAUCGAUGUCUACUCUAUUCGAAAUCAUCGAAAAGGGAAAAGUCAAUCUUGAGAAAAUCAACUAUACAAUCUCAUCCGCUUGAAAAGAUAUUUGAGCACUCUUUGACUGUAUUCUUUGAGACUUACGAUGCACUUGAUUCUGUCCAGGAAAGUAUCGUUGAAAAUUUGACCCCUGAAAAAUCAGGAGAGACACUUGACGAACUUGCCAAUAUGGAAGAAUUUAAAGAAUUGGACAAAGAAGAUGUUCUUACUAUUACAAAAGAAGUUCAAGUUCAAGAAGAAAUUUUACCGGAUAUUCGACCACUCUCAAAAUAUCUCGAAUACUUUGAUUGCGUAGAUCACGAAGAAGACGAGUUCUGCUCACACUGUGAAACCGACUGUGAUUGCUCGUUCAAGAAAGAUAAGAGUGACUGUGAUGCAUUCUUCUUCACUGUUGAAUUGGAGAUAUCUGCCAAAACUGAAGCCGAACAACUGCAAAUUCUAAAACAUUUCAAAGAUUCUAUUAAUCUGACCAUGUUUGAGGAUGAUGAGGAGUCUUGCAAUGCAUGCCAAAUUCCAACAACUGAGUCUUUCCCGACGGAUUCGCCAUUAACUGAGGCCCCGACGACAGAAUCGCCAGAAACGAUUCCAAUAACGAUUGAGCUACUGCCUACGACAUCUGAUCAAGAAAUAAUCGACGAAACUACUCUGCCUGAAAUAGACACGACCAUUCUUCCGGAGAUAACAUCAACAUCCUCUCCUGAAAACAACGAAGAAGAUGACGAAGUUUCGAUUCUCGCGAUUGUUCUAAGCUCUUCUUAUGGCGCCCUCUGUUUGACAGCAGUAACCGGAUCAGUGUUCUUUGUCUUCAAAGCGAAGAAGAAGACAGUUGCGAUUGUUCUCAUGAUUUCAGUUAUUAUGCUUUCAAUCCUGACCGCUUUGCAAAUCACUUGUUAUCUGAAGAAUCAACUGGACGAAGCAUCAUUCUUAGGAACAUUUAUCCUGACUGUUUUAUUCGGCGUCGUCUCGAUUCCAACCCUUCUGUUCUAG